AUGGAAAGAAGAUAUUGCCUGAACAAUCCAAAUAACUUUUGUUAUAUCUGUGGUAGUUAUGUCGUAGUAAAACAGAGGCAAACUAUAACUUCUUUUGUAAAAAAUGUAUACCAUGCUUAUUUUGGUGUAAAAAUUGGCAACCAAGACAAGUCCUGGGCUCCUCAUAGUGUUUGUUCUGUUUGCGUUAAAGCAUUAAGAAACUGGCAAAAAGGUAGGCAGAAAAGUUUAAGCUUUGGUGUUUCUAUGGUAUGGUUAGAGCCUAGGAAUCACAGUGAUGAUUGUUCUUUUUUUUCGUGUAAUGUUCAAGGAUUCAACAGAAAAAAUAAGAAACACAUUGUGUAUCCCAAUCUUGACUCUGCUAUUCGACCAGUUCCUCAUAGACCAGACGUUCCGAUACCUAUCGCCCCAAAAGAAAUAGAAAACGGCAUAUCGUCAGUAUCAGAGGAAUCUAAUUCCGACCCAUAUGACUCAAAUUUCACACCAGAUUUCAGAAAGCCCGAAGUGUUUAACUACAGCCAACUAAAUGAUUUAAUUAGAGAUUUGCACCUUCCAAAGGAUGCAUCCUAA